UCAUGGCAUUUAUGUGAAAUAGAAUAAAUAUUUUGUAACAUUAGAAAUGUCUUUACUGCCACUUUUGAUUAAUUUAAUGUGUCCUUGCUGAUAUAAAAGUAAAAUAUAAAAAUAAAUUUUCUUGAAAAAAAUCUUUAUCAAACUUUGAAUAGUUGUAGGUCUCUUUUACAAGCAAUGUCCACAUUAAUGGGAUGAUUAACGUACAUAAAUUCAUAAAUGUUGGGUUGUUAAUUUUUUAAUUUUUAAAUUUGUAAAAAAUUGCAAGGUAACUAUUAAUCUCAAGCUUUGUGAGUUUUCAAGUUGAAUUGUGAGUUGAUUUGGUCUCUGAAAGUUAGAGUUGCUCAAAGGCCCUGUUUACACCUGGUAUUAAGAUUUGUUUUGGUCGAUCGGAUCAAAAGUGGGCGACGCUAUACAGGUGUAAACUACAGAGGGAAAAUAGCGAAAGAGUAGAUUUACUCAUAACACUGAUAAGAAAAGUGUUUUUUUUAUGCCAAUGUUAGAAGUCGCUGUCUGAUACAAUCUGUUAUUCUCUCAGCUGAGUUGAAGCCUUGAAAGCAAGCUUUGUAAUUUCAGGCUUUUUUUUUCAUAAUUGUGCAUUUAACUGCUACUGUUGACAUGGUUCAAAUCAAAUCUUGUUAGGUACUAUAUGUAAGAAGAGAUAAUAAACUCAUGACCACAUAUUCUCACUAACAUGACACAGACACCGUCAGGACCUACACCACUCCCCCUCACGCAGCUGGAGGCCCUCUAGUUUUGUUGUAAUAUUAAGUUUCAAAUGUGCAACUGGGAUAGCCAGAGCUCAAGACUCAGUGGAAAUUUCCACUUCAGACAGCAGCCUUUGUUCUGGUGCAGGGGCUUGCCACAAUCCGCUGGAAAUUAGCUUGGGACUCUGUUGUGAAAGAGUGAAAACAGAUAGCCAAAAACAGAAAAAUAGACAACAAAAAAAAUGCAUAAAGAUAAAAAAGAAAACAAUCUAAAAAUCAGUCUCAAUUUCUGGCAAAGCAUGUUCCUGUUUUAAAGGUCUCCAGUGAAUAGAAGGAUAUUGAGCAAUUCAACUUUUUCAGCCUUUAACGGUUAUCCAUGACCUCAGAUUUACAGCAUUACACUUUCAGGAUGCCGAAUAUAGGGUUUCAGAACCUUCCCCUCAAUAUCUACAUUGUUGUCUUUGGGACGGCCAUUUUCGUCUUCAUCCUCAGCCUACUCUUCUGCUGCUACCUGAUUCGGUUACGGCACCAGGCACACAAAGAGCUCUAUGCAUACAAGCAGGUUAUUCAAAAGGAAAAAGUCAAAGAAUUAAACUUGCAUGAGAUUUGUGCGGUGUGUUUGGAGGAAUUCAAGCAGAAAGAUGAAUUGGGAAUCUGCCCGUGUAAACAUGCCUUUCACAGAAAGUGCCUUAUCAAAUGGCUGGAGGUGAGGAAGGUAUGCCCGCUGUGCAACAUGCCCGUCUUGCAGCUGGCGCAGCAGCAGAGCAUGUCCGAGCCUGUGCCCCCAAUGCAGCAGCCUCUGCCCGGAGUGGAGAACCUGGUGUAGCCCCUCCUGUUUCUCCUAAAAAUGUGACCACCGCUACCUUCACACUCCCUCCUGUACAGGUACACGCUCAUAUCCAAGGACAGACCACAGGAUUUGUGCCCGGAGCCACGGUGACCUGCGACCUGCAUAUGUUCCUGUCCCGUCUUGGUGGCUUUAUAAUGGAUUUUUUCCCAAAUUACAAUAAUAGAUGAUUUACUCGAUCUGUCUUAUCUGGGUUUAGCUUUUCUUCCUGUGGGAUAAUGAAGAAGAAUUGAGUUUACAUGGCCAAGCCAUGUUUAAAGUAACCGUUCCACACCAAAGCACUUUUUUGAGGACACCAGUGAGAGGCAAAAAAAAAUACAAGGACUAAAAAUAACAUAAAAAAUACUUUUUUAACAUAAGUUUUUUUUUUUUUUAACAAGCACUUUACACAAAGUCUACUCAAACCUAGUUGCUUGUGAUAGUAGCAAGAUCUUUUUUUUUUUAUAUUUUAUGAUUUCAAACUUUUUUAGUUGAUGUACUCAGAGCCACAGAGCAAACCAUUGGUAUUAUUUUCAUUAGAGAGGGUUAUGUUUAUACUGUAUAUUAAAGGGACAGCAGCUCUCCAAUGUGUAUAUGUUUGUUUGUGUUGUGA